CUCCAAAUGAUCAAUAUAAAUGUCUUAAGCUUUGUAUCAUAAACCAAUUCAAACUGAUAUCUCAAUUCAUUAUAUCAAAAUGGCGAAUUUCGAGAACCUAUCUUCCGAGUUUCAGACAAUAGCCGUGGAUAUAUAUUCUUCCAUGAAUCAAGCUGCAGAUCUAAAUAAUAACAACAACAUUAGCAGUAACCUUCAGUUUCAAACGUUUCCUCCUUUCUCCACUAGCCUCGACUCUCUCUUCCUUCAUCAUCGUCAUCCACAACAACUACAUGAUCUUCCCGGGAAAUAUCCAGGCAGUGAUAAUAAUCUCUCCGCGACUUCAACUUUGUAUCAUUCCAGUCACAACAACGUCGACGAGACCAAGAAGAGAAAAGCUUUGUUGCAACCUUUGUCUUCAUCGGAGAAUAGUAGCGUCUCUGAUCAGCUGAAUAUCAAUACCACCAAAACUGGUUGUUCGAGAAGAGGAAAGAGGUUGAAGAAGAAGAAUCAAGAAGAAGAGAAAGAGAGAGAAGUUGUUCAUGUGAGAGCCAGAAGAGGUCAAGCCACUGAUAGCCACAGCUUAGCAGAGAGGGUUCGGCGAGGGAAAAUUAACGAGAGAUUGAGAUGCUUGCAAGAUAUUGUUCCCGGAUGUUAUAAGAGUAUGGGAAUGGCUACGAUGCUUGACGAGAUUAUAAAUUAUGUCCAGUCUCUACAAAAUCAAGUCGAGCUUCUCUCGAUGAAACUCACUGCUGCAAGCUCGUUUUAUGACUUCAACUCAGAGACCGAUGCUGUUGAUUCCAUGCAGAGAGCAAAGGCUCGUGAGGCAGUGGAGAUGGGGAGACAAACAAGAGAUGGGAACCCUGUCCUCCAUUUAUCAGCAUGGUCCCUUUGACUUCUGGUUUCCCCUUUUCUUAUUUUUAAUAUUUUCCCGAAAAUAUUCUUAUAUUCAUUUGGAUGUAAUAUGUUUAUAUGACCCAACUUGGGAUAGUAUUUGUAAUCUAUAUACUUGUAAUUUCGAAAUUAUAAAUUUAUUGGUGGCUUA